AUGCAAAAUAAAGAAAGCACUGAAUAUGAUCACUUAUUUAAAUUGUUACUCAUAGGAACUAGUGGAGUUGGGAAAUCCUGUAUGUUGAUGAGAUACGUCGAUAAUAAUUUUACAAACAAUUUUUAUAACACAAUUGGAGUGGACUUUAAAAUCAAAUCGAUAUUCUUAGAGAAUAAAAACAUCAAAUUGUAGAUUUGGGAUACUGCAGGUUAAGACAGAUUCAGAACAAUCACAUGUAGUUAUUAUCGUGGAGCACAUGGGAUAAUCAUUGUUUAUGAUAUAACAGACAGAGAAUCAUUUGACUCUGUAAAAAUGUGGAUGUCUGAAAUUGAUAAGUAUACUCAUGGAAUUACACAUAGGUAUGCUCAAGAAGAUGUGAUAAGAAUGCUAGUCGGAAACAAGUGUGAUGUGGACGACAAAAGGGCUGUCUCAUAUGAGGAAGGCGAAGCUUUGGCUAAACAACUGAAAUUGCAAUUUAUAGAAACAUCAGCCAAAUUGUCAACCAAUAUUGAAUAGUCCUUUUUGACAAUUGCAAAAAAUGUUCUAGAAAAAAGCUAAAAUUCUAUAAAAACAGAAUCAGCCUAGAAUAUGAAAAUAGGAUAGAUUUCAUCCACUUAGGUAAUUGGAAAUACAAAUAAAAAAAGUUCACAAUGUUGUUGA